AUGCGGCGCCCUAUAAAGCGCACAAAAAUACCCGAAGGAAUGUAUGGAAAUUCUAUAACAUAUGUGAAAUUUCUAAUGUCUUGGGCUGUCAUCGUUGUUGCUGAUUACAUGUUGGAGUUUAGAUUUGAGUUUUUGUAUUUAUUAUGGAUUUUAAUCAGAUCGCUGUAUGACUCAUUCAAGUUUCAGGGCCUUGCAUGUACUAUUAUAUUCUUGUGCAUGGUUCUGAUAUCAGACAUGAUAUUCUUUUUUGUGAUACCGUUGCAGUAUAUCUAUUUUUUAGCCGGUACUUAUGUUUGGGUACAACAUGUGUGGAGCACAGUUGGAGAGAAAGGUGUGUGCCUACAGACACUAGCGCUAUGCUGUCUCGUCAUAUACACAGAGAGCACGCUGCGAAGUCGAGGCAUGCUCCCAGAAUUGUGUCGUCCACUCGCAGCGCACUGCAUUGGAUAUCCUGCCAUGACCUUUGGGUUCGGUCUUAAGUCAUAUCUAAAUCAGCGGUUACGACAGCGACGACAGCGGCAAGUUCGAGCGGAGAACGAGUUCUACUUCCAGUUGCUGAGAGAUGCGCUACCAGAGAGUGCGCUGGAGCAGGUACAAUAUCUCAAGAAUCAACAAGGGAGUAAAGAAGACCGCACUACCAGCAAUGGUAUGGAGUUCGUGACCAGUUCAGACGUGCGUCAUAUGAACGGCUCCGUCAAACGGCGCUGCGUCAAAGAGAACGGCGUAUGCCAUAGCGAACACAUAGACAAGCUGGAUAAGCACAUAGCGCACAAGGAGCGCGACAAACACAGUCAGAACGGCGGUGUACACACACACAGCCAUACGCAUUCACACGCACACACAAAUGGCUGCGCCAAGGGUGCCGGAGCACCGCACGAGGACGACAAACAUGAAAACAGUAAAGGAAAUACAAAAUCGAAAAGUGAAAAGAGAGAGGCUAAUUCAAUAAGAGAGGAAAGAAAAAAACACAAAAAUAGAGAUAAGGAUAAGGAAAGUAUUGAAAUACAUAAGGUUACAGAAAACUCAAAAGAACAUAAUAAUAUACCAAAAGAGAAAGAGUUAGAAAUAAAUACAAAAGAAUGUGUGAAACAUAGAGAUAGUUGUAGUAAUAAAGAUAAGGAGCGAGAGAGAGAGAACAGAGAAAGAGAGAAAGACAGGGAGUACAGAGAAAGGGAAAGGGAGAGAGAAAUCAAAGAGAAAGAAAGGCGGGAACGUGAAGAGCGUGUGACCCGCGAGUACUGCGAGGAGCUGAAGCGAGUCAGAGCAGAGUUGUCCGUCGUGCGGGGCAGCGAGGCGGAGGCGAGGCGCGCCCUCGCCGCGGCGGCCGCCAACGAGCGGCAGCGGCGCGCGGAACACACGCAGCUCAAACAUGCGCACGCGGCGCUACAGCAUAAAAUGACAGCGUGGCGUAGUAACGAACGAGCCGCCCAUGAGCGACGCCUGAGUGAAGAACGACGCGCACAGUCACAUUGCAAACAUUCGAGCGGCGAGUGUGAAAACGAGUGGUGCAAAUCUCGCCUGACCUCGCACGAGGCAGAAGCUGCGUCGUUGCGGCGAGAGUUGCAGAGAGUUAGAGAGAGAGCGGACCGUCUUCAGCGUGACCUGGCCCACGCCACUGACCAGGUUCGGACCUUAGAGGUGCGUCACGAGGAAGCAGCGGCUAACGCGAACGCUUGCUCGCGAACGAACGCCUCCGCCGCGAGCGCCUGGCAAGCGCUGCAAGAGCGGGCCACGCACUUGGAGCGGUCGCUGUCGGCCGAGACCCGGGUCAAGCUGGACCUGCUUUCGGCGCUCGGCGACGCCAAGCGACACAUGCACAUACAGGAAGGCUUAAUAUCGCGACAAGAGAAGGAGAUCGAAGAACUGAAAGCGCAAAUGCUCGCCGUGAUGCCCACUGAGUUUGUAACUCCGGUGUCGGGGACGGUCUCCAAGCUGCGGCUCUCGGACGGAUCGCCCCUCGACCCCAACGCCUCCGUCUACACCCCCAAGCAGCUCUGCUCGGACGCAUAA